AUGUCGAUGCUGCCGUCGUUCGGCUUCACGCAGGAGCAGGUCGCCUGCGUGUGCGAGGUGCUGCAGCAGGGGGGGAACCUGGAGCGCCUGGGCCGCUUCCUCUGGUCGCUGCCGGCCUGCGACCACCUGCACAAGAACGAGAGCGUCCUCAAGGCCAAAGCGGUGGUGGCCUUCCACCGGGGCAACUUCCGCGAGCUCUACAAGAUCCUGGAGAGCCACCAGUUCUCGCCCCACAACCACCCCAAGCUGCAGCAGCUCUGGCUCAAGGCGCACUACGUGGAAGCCGAGAAGCUGCGCGGGCGGCCGCUGGGAGCCGUGGGCAAAUACCGGGUGCGCCGAAAGUUCCCCCUGCCCCGCACCAUCUGGGACGGCGAGGAGACGAGCUACUGCUUCAAGGAGAAGUCGCGGGGGGUGCUGCGGGAGUGGUACGCGCACAACCCCUACCCUUCUCCCCGCGAGAAGCGGGAGCUGGCCGAGGCCACCGGGCUCACCACCACGCAGGUCAGCAACUGGUUCAAGAACCGGCGGCAGCGGGACCGGGCGGCGGAGGCCAAGGAGAGGGAGAACACGGAGAACAACAACGCGGCCACCAACAAACCCAACCAGCUCUCCCCUCUGGACGGGAGCAAACCCCUCAUGUCCAGCUCCGAGGAAGAAUUUUCACCGCCGCAGAGCCCGGAUCAGAACUCGGUCCUCCUGUUGCAGGGGAACCUCGCUCACGGCAGGAGCUCCGCGUACCCGCUGAGCUCCCUGCCCGCCCCCCCGGGCACGCACAGCCUCCCUGGCCAUCAGCUCCAGGACUCGCUGCUGGGGCCGCUCACCUCCAGCCUGGUGGACCUGGGCUCCUAAAGGGCUCCACUCGCAGACACGGACUCUCGGUUGUACAUAGCGGACGGUGAUCCUGAACGUGACUUCGGCUCUUCUCCACGGUCUCAGCUCCAGGUCCGGUCCCCGUCCCCCCCCCCCCCCCCAAC